UGAAUUCCCUAGCUAUCCCAUUAUCGUCACAUAUAAAACCCUCCCUUCAUUUCCACAAAAAAAGAAGAAAAGUUUGCAGAAAUAUAUAUACGAACAAAAAAAAACAGUUCAAAUUUCUCUAUUAACACUAGUGUGUGAUUGUUUAUAUGUGUGUACUCAAGGUGGCGGACAACAAAGACUCUGGCGGUUUCUAUGGUGGCGGCGGCGGCGAUGAACAUAAGCAACAACAUGAAUGGCCAAUACCACCACCUCUGUAUUCAGAGCAAACAAGCGGAGGAGAGAUGUCCUCACUCAGCUCUGCCGUCACAUAUGGUGGUCCUUGGGGUCUUGGGAACGUUCAUGUGAGGCCGAGUUUUGGCUCAUCUUCUUCUACUUAUUCAGGCUCUUCGAGUUCCGGGUCAAUUUGGAUUGGACAAAAGAGAGGGCGUGAAGAAGCAGAAGAUGUUGCAACAACUCAUCAUCAGCAUCAUGAUCAGUUGAUCGGGUCGGUGGUGCCGCCAGGGGUUUAUGCAGGGUUUAGGGAUUUUCAAUCUUCUUCUUCUACAGUCUCAUCAUCAUUAUCUGAAGAAACAAGUUCGACAAUUGUCCAUCCACCUCCUCCGGCCGCGAGUACACCACCAACACCGUCACCAUCAAGCGAAGAAUCCGGAGAGCGGAGGAGGAGGUACAGAGGAGUUCGACAGAGGCCGUGGGGGAAAUGGGCAGCUGAAAUCCGCGAUCCCCACAAAGCAGCGAGAGUAUGGUUAGGAACAUUCGACACAGCAGAGGCAGCAGCCAGAGCAUACGACGAGGCCGCCUUAAGAUUCAGGGGAAACAGAGCAAAACUCAAUUUCCCCGAAAACGUCCGGCUAAUGCCACAACAACAGCAAACAAUCUCGACCACUCAAUCAACACAAUUUACCCAACAACAACUUACAUCGCCGAAUGUGACAUUACCUCCAUUUUUUCAGUCGCAACCGUUUCAGGUCGCGCCCGAUGCGAUGAGAGACUAUUGGGACUACUCGCAAUUGCUACAGAGUUCGGCAGGUUUUCCUUUGCACCAGCCGUCAACUUUGCUUGAACAAAUGUAUUACAAUUCCCAGUUGGCGUCCAUGCAAUCCGCGAUGCCGCCUUCGUCUUCUGGUUCCUCCUCCUCUGCUUCAUUUCCUCUGCUUUUCUCCACUCAACAGCAGCAGCCGUCGAGUUUUCUCCGGCCGCCGCCACCGCAACAACAUCAGCAGCAGCAGCAGAGUGAGGUUUUCCCGGUGCCUCCGUGGUCACAUUCUGGUCAUGAUCCUUCCUCUACUAGUUAAUUUUAUUUUAUACAAAAUUUUGAAAUAUAAUUUUUUUAAAAAAUUUCAUCUGUUACUAUCAUAGCUUAGAUCAUAUUUUAUAUCUUCUGAUUUGAUAUCUAUCUGAAUGUAUUUUUUUUUUACACCCUUGAGUUCAUUGUUUUUGUUUGAAAAGAAAAGAACAAGAUCAUAUUAUUAUUAUUAAGUUAAAGUGGCUAAAGAAGAUAGAGACAAUCAGCUUUGGACCCAAAGAAGUAGAUUGCGUUUGUCCGAUUCGGCUUACACUCGUAGAUUCAUUAAAAUAAUCGAGCUUUCUUUCUUUCUCUAUUAAUAUUUUCUUGUUGAUAAUUAUCCAUUUUGAGGGUGAUGUUCAAUGAGAAUAUACCUGCUUCAUUAGUGUUUGUUGACCUUAA